UUUUUCUCUCCUCUCCGCCCCCUCCUAUUCUGUUCCCUUCUCCUCCUUCCAAACGUGUUGUGUUUGCUUAUGCAUGGAAUGAACACUUUAGUUAGCAUAAGGAAUUAUCACGCGUGGUAAUGCGUGUUCGAUUUUAAUGUAUAAUUUGUGCAGAAUUUUAACACGACGCGGGGUAAAUAGGAGUGCUUGGAGCCGUCAUACAUCCCCGUGUUCACAUCAGUUGAUAACGAGGAGGCAAUAUGGAGGAGAUAGGGGCUGCAAUAACUGGGUCCCCGCAACGCUUUGUCGUGCUAGACAAAACAACGUUUGCAGAAAAAUGGCCCUAAAACAUGCACGGGUCGAUGUUUAAAAAAGACAAAUAAAUAAUUAUCGUCACUAUGUACCCACAUGGAACAGCAUAUGUUUACCGCCCACUGCCAGGUGCUGGAACCCAGCGCUCUGCUGUCGGAGGAACCAGGUCCACUGUCAUAAACACACGCCUGCUAAUAGUGUUUUAUAAAAAUUAUCAACAGGUACAUGUCCCCAUCUCUCCCCCCUUUUUAUACUCAAACUCCAACCCACCUGUGUGCCCCACAAAUCAUUUGAGUUUAUAACAUGUCGAAAGAUGCAUGGGCAACUUUUGUCUGUGCAGUAUAGACAAUGUUAUUUUUAAAAGAACUCUAUAGUUUUAAUUACUAAUUGGUUUAAUAAUCAGUCCAGGACUGAAAAUAUUAAACUAACCCACACAUUUUCGCAAUUUGGACAUGGACAUUAUGCAGAAAGUAUCCAAAAAAGCAACUCAGGAAAUCUCUAACAAUAUUUAUUUAAAUAUUUAUAUUUAAUAAUUAAAAGUAAUCUGCUAAAUUGUUGUAGAUGGGCUAUUAAAUGUGACGUUCAGCAGCACUAACACAUACUUAUUUGGAUGUACAGUAUUGUCAAAUGUGGUUUAUGGUACAUUUGUAAAUUUGGUUGAUGAAAGUUUUCAUGGUUUGGAGGUGUACAGCCCCUCAGGUAACUAAAUGUGUUUUUUGAAUGUUAUAAUAAGAUAAGAUUGUAAUUAGAUUUAUACAUAAACUAUUUAGUUGCACAACCUCUGUGCUUAUAGUUCUACCUGUUAUUGAGACUUGAUGGGGAGUCACAUGCUCUUUGGUUAUAACAUUUACAUUUAUGCAUUUAGAAAAUGCUUUUGUCCAGCAACUUAAAUACAAAGUCAAAUGUCCCUUAGUCUACAUUUCUGUUUAUAACCACUAUAAUAGUUUUGGGAUAAUCUAAAUCUGAGGAUGGAACCUGUGAAGAAUCGACACCGACAUAACAGCAGAUCAAAUCUGAAAAUCCCAUAAUGGCCCAUAAUCUGCACUGUGGAACAUUGUUGCCCAUGUACCUUUGUUAGUAAAACCCAUGCUCCAAUGCUGUGUUCUCCUCUCUACCUCCUUGUCCCCACCAUGCAACAAUCUUGCCGUUGACCAGGAACCUGCUGGUCCCCAGUUCUACCUGAUGAGCAUGAGCCAGACUACAGAACCCUCUAAAGAUGGCCCCACUGUUACAGAAGAGAGCAAAAUGACUUCAGCUGAGAAGAAGGACAAAAAGGCAGAUGAUGUGGCAGAAGAGGAAGAGGAGGAGGAAGAGUAUGUGGUGGAGAAGGUCCUGAAUCGACGGGUGAUGAAGGGGAGAGUCGAGUACCUCCUGAAGUGGAAGGGCUUCUCUGAUGAAGACAACACAUGGGAGCCAGAAGACAACCUGGACUGUCCAGAUCUGAUCGCAGAGUUUCUGCAGUCCCAGAAAACAGCACAUGAAGGAAAGAGAAAGGCAGGCGGAGAUGCAGAAGGAGACGAAAGCAAAUCAAAGAAGAAAAAAGACGAAGCAGAAAAACUGAGAGGAUUUGCACGGGGUCUAGAUCCAGAGAGGAUCAUCGGUGCCACAGACUCCACAGGAGAACUAAUGUUCCUGAUGAAAUGGAAAAAUUCUGAUGAAGCAGACCUGGUGCCGGCCAAAGAGGCAAACGUGAAGUGUCCGCAGGUGGUCAUAUCUUUCUACGAGGAGAGACUCACCUGGCACUCAUAUCCAUCCGAAGAUGAGAAAAAGGACGACAAAAACUAAGAACAGAAUUCCAUUGUACUUUGAACAGGGUUUUCGUGAUGGGAAGGAGAAGGUACGGCAGCAGCAGGAACAAGCAAGACACCCUUGGAGUCAUUUGAUGUGUCAUCACUCAUUUCUUCUUUUAUCUGGACAUGAAUGAAAUGUAUAUGAUUCAAAUUUUCUCCACAAAACUGUCGGUUUGUAUGCAAAGACGGUAUCAUACCCAGUCCAUUCAAGUUUUAAGAGUCGUCCAGAUAUUGUCAACAUCCUUUCUUUUAAUCAGUGCUGUUCCCAGGCUGUAACAACUUGCUCUUGAUGUAUCAAAGAGGUGAUGAUAUUAUUUCAUCAGUGUGCCAUUGUUUUUUUUUUUGUUUUUUUUUUAUCUUUACUCAUUGGUGCUUUGGGCAAACCUCUGCCCAUCUUAGCUCUUUCUGUAGUAGUUGUUUGAUGGUUAUGAAGCUUCUUCACAGUCAACCCUGUUAUCACUGGUUUAUCUUUUAAGUGUUAUCCUGUUAUGUCUUGCCUGUAUGUUUUUUGGAAAUAAACCCAAUUUUUUGUUA